UUUCGGUUUUAGAGAAAUACCAUGAUGCAUUGCGGGAUGGAGUUAAAAGACAUCGAACGAAGUUGCAGUAUCACAGUCCGCACGCACGGACAACAUUAUGGCUACUAAUAUGGCUAUGAAAGACGUUGAGCAACCUUCUACCUCAGGCCAUCACCAAGGCAGUGACCAUGAGCGUGGGUUCUUCUAUUUCUUUCUCACUGGAGUGUCCAUCCUUAUAUUCAUUAUUACGUUUCCGAUUGCGAUAUUUAUGUGCUUGAAGAUUGUGCAGGAAUAUGAGAGGGCUGUUAUCUUUAGACUUGGUCGACUACUCAAAGGGGGUGCCAAGGGGCCAGGCCUGUUUUUCAUCCUUCCGUGUAUUGACUCCUACCAGAAGGUGGACUUGAGAGUGGUAUCCUUUGAUGUCCCACCACAAGAGAUCCUGACCAAAGACAGUGUGACGGUCGCUGUGGAUGCUGUGGUGUAUUUCAGGAUCGCAAACGCCACCAUGUCCAUCACGAACGUUGAGAAUGCGAAUGCAUCCACCCGCCUGCUUGCCCAGACCACCCUGAGAAACACCCUGGGUACCAAGAACCUGACGGAGAUUCUGUCACAGCGGGAUGAGAUUAGUCAGACCAUGCAGUCAUCGAUGGACGAGGCCACAGACCCAUGGGGAGUCAAGGUGGAGCGCAUUGAAGUUAAGGAUGUUCGGUUGCCACAGCAACUGCAGCGCGCCAUGGCAGCGGAAGCUGAAGCUACCCGAGAGGCCAGAGCCAAGAUCAUUGCUGCUGAGGGUGAGAUGAACGCCUCCAGAUCACUGAAGGAAGCUUCAGACAUCAUCUCUGAGUCACCCCAGGCCUUACAGCUCCGCUACCUGCAAACCCUGACCACCAUCUCGGCCGAGAAGAACUCUACCAUCAUCUUCCCUCUCCCCAUUGACUUCCUAUCUAAGCUCCUUCCUAAGUGAGAUUUCUACAAACCGGAAAAAGUGUGAAUGUUUACAGAUUACCCAGCUUACCUGGGUAAUACCCUGAAUUACCCAGAAGUUGCUAAUAGUAUUUGCACAAGAUAUUUACGCUCAUUUAGUUUAGCUUAAAUCAAUAAGGAGUCAAAUUAGAUGGUAAGCCUGUGGAUACCAUAAUAGAUUAUGAGGCUGAGCUUGUAAUUGUGACUGAGUUUUCUAUCAUUGUGGUAGGCUAUUGUUCUUUUGACCUUGACUCAAUGAUAAUAUCUGAUUUGCCAUGUUUACCUGGACUCUGUCGUGCAGAGUGGAUACUUGUGACGCUUGUCACACAAACUUUAAGACCCCUUUUGUACAAUUUCUUUAGUUUUGGUAACAUAUACCCUAUUUUUAAAUAUUUUUGUGUGUGGCAGUUUUAUAUAACUAUGCAAAUAUUUUAAUGGUAGCCAUUUGGAUGUAACAAUAUUAUUGUUUUGUGUUAUUUAUCAAAAUGAUAAUUGCAUUUUGAACAUUAGCUCCACAAGUUUUUUCAUAUUAUUUUACCCUUGUUAUGAUUUGUGUGGAUGUACAUGAUAAACUAAAAUAGAAUGCUGUGCAAUGGUUGUAGGUUGUAAAUAGGCACCUUUUUUUUAUCUAAGUGAAACUGUAGUACAUAUUGAAUUACAGUAUGUGGUGCCUUGGUUUGCCUUGAUGAAAUCUUGGUGUUGCAGUUGUAAUAGUUUAAGGUUGCCAUCUCAAACUGAAGGAUACGGUUCACGUUGGGCGACGAAAAUGGCCCAAAUUUUUUUUAUUGCACUUACCGUCGUGAUUGGCUGGAGCCAGUUCCUAUUAGGUGUGAAGUGCCGUAAUCCCUUAAGCCCUCCCGAAAACUUUGAAGGCGCAUUACAGCGAAACUAAAAUGUGCUUAAAAGCAAAGAACUUUUAAAAUGUUGGUACCCUAGAAUUUGUCCGAUUUUCGUAUAAUUUGGCAGACAUUGCCAUGUUUCACUUGUCAUCGCUGUGAUACCAUGGUGUUACCAUGGUUUUCCUUAACUCGGUCACACCACGGUUUUGCCUCACUGCUUCACUGAUACUUCAGUAUUUCCCUUGGGAAUAAUAAGGGUGUUUCCUUGGUGAUGACUUAGUGUUUUCUUGGUUGUACCUUGGUGUUUCCAAGGUUAUACCUCGGUGUUUUUCUUAGUUAUACCCUGGUUUCUUUGAUUAUACCCUGGUUGUGAUACCUCAGCGAUUGUAGGCCUAUUUAAUCGAAAAAUAAAAAUUCGAGCAAAAAAUUUAAUUGGCGAAGUUGUAUUUGGCGGCCAAAAAAGUUCAUUUUCUAUAUUUUGAAAGAAUCAUAUAGUCCCCGGAAUUGUCCCAUAAUCUUACGAUCAACAAAACCGAUUGCUUUCAUUUUUGGUAUGCUAUUAGAAAUAAGAGGAAGCUAAAUAACAGUGGUUUAAAAAAAUCCUUGCCCGCGUGUGGACUUUUUUCAGGUGCGAUGUUCAAAGUAGGUAAAAAACAGAUUGACUGAAAGAUUGAAUAAAAAUACGCCAAUAUUUUAGAUAUUUUUCCCAUAGAUUUUAAUAAAACUUCCUCUAAUAAUAGACCAAGGUCUAAUGUACAAUAUCCUAUAGCUUAUUUGUUGAAAAAUUCCCUCUAGGGAACAGCACUUCGCAAAUAGUGAAUACAACGGGUUAACCGUUCCGUUGCCAUUGAAACAGCAGUGUAAACACACGUUACAUUUUUAUAAGGUUCAUCCGUAGCUACAUGGCAUGGCCGAAUAGUUUGACGAUCCGAUCCCUGAGAAGAUACGAGUUGGGAUUGACAAGAUAGUUGGGAAUUCGGAAAACUGUGUCGAAUCAGUGCCAUGUAACCCAAGUAUGUAAAUCAUAAUAAACAUUUUAUCAAACUUUCA